AUGGACCAAGCAGACAUACCAGGGCUUCUGUCGCGACUGGCCAGCGACGAGGAUGCUGCGCGCAAGAUGGCCGUCUUCAAGCUGCAGUCCUCUAUCAACGACCCUUCCUUCGCCGACAUCUUUAUAUCCUCCGGGGGGCUCAUUAUCUUGCGACGAUUGAUCAUGAGCUCCAGCGGAAACACCCUCGCAUACUCGCUACAAAGUCUUAGCCGAUUACUCGAGGUGGAUAUGGGCUGGGAUAUAUUUGAGGGUCCUACGGCGGGAGAUCUGGUCGAGCGCGUUGUCGAACUGAUCGUCACAAACCCGCUGGUGAACAUUCUACGAGGCGCCAUGUCCAUACUCGUCGCACUCGUCGGCCAUUCGCAAUCGGAGACGCCAGCCACGCUGAGCACUCCAGGCACAUUUGGUUUCCGCGCACUGAGACCUGCCGUUGCCGUCUACCCACAGUUCUUCGACCUCGUCAUCCAGAAACUACAAUCCGCAGACCACGCGCUCUGCGGCACGACGCUUAUGCUCAUUAAUGCGCUCAUAAGGGACGCCGUCUCGAACGAUCCCGUUGCGAAUAGUAACGGCAAGGCGACCGGUACAGAGGAGUGGCCCAAGUUUAUAAAGAAGCUACAAGACUUGGGUCUAAUAAAGGCGGUCUACCAUCUCAUGCAGAGCGCAGCGCUGCAGGACCUAGCACAUCCACUGCUGGAAUUCCAGUCCCUUACUAAGGUACUGCUCAAGAAGUGGAAAGGGGUACAGGUCGAUCUGGAAAGACCCGAGCACAGGAGAGCUCUGAAAGGAUUACAUAUUGCCAGUGCACCAAAUAAGGACUACAUGAACGGGAAGGGCAACGCCAAUGGUAACCCCAUUGGAAGGAUCGAGGAGCUUCAAGACUCCGGGAAGAAGGGGAGUCGGAGGCAUAACCCCGAGAAGUGGAGGAGAUUAGGAUUCGAGACCGAGAGUCCAGCAUCCGAGUUCGAAACCGCUGGUUUCCUUGGUAUGAUGGACCUGACAGACUACGUCCGGAAGAAUGAAGAUGCCUUCCAGAAAAUGCUACAGGAGCAAUCUGCGAAGCCUCUGCACGCGCGAUGUCCUGUUGCGCGGGCUAGUCUCGCCGUCACUCUUGCGCUUUACGAACAUUUUGACUGCGAACAUUCAGAUGUGGAGGAUGUCAGAGGGCACCAGCUCCCAGACGGGAAACAACAAGAGAAGCUCUUCCGGCCGUUGCUCCUCCAAUGGUCCAGACUGCACACGGCGGGUCUGCAAGCUUUCUUCCGAUUAUGGAAAUCCACUGGUGCCGAACAGGACGAUUUCGGAAAGGUGGUAGAACUCAUACGCAUACUCAUCGACCAGGUUAUAGGACAAGCUGGUCGCGGCAAAGAUGUUGUAGAGGUCGAGGAGGAUCUUGUCGAAUAUGACGUGGGCCGCUUGCGAACGCUGCAAAUGGACCUAUUGGGACUCUCGUUUGAGGAUCAAUGGGGCAAACAUCUCUCCAAAACACGGGAAAACCUGAGGAAGGAGGCUCUCACAUUCGUCAAAGAACAACGAGUUAGGUGCUUGUUGCAAGGCUCGUGGUUUUCCAAACCAGCGCCGCGGAAAGCCAGUCGAGGGGAGCCCGAGAAGUCCGAGAACCGACGGGCAACGCACGGUACCCUAUGGAGGUAUACGAAGCUGUCGCACAACCGUCGUUACCUACACUACGCGGAUUUCGCUUUACGGACCAGCCAUGACCCGGGCUUGGACGCACUGCAUGAGAAGGUGGAUCUUCGAACCAUCAGCUCUGUUGUCUCCAACGUGUCGGCACCAAACGACGACUCGAAGAGUGACUCGGCAUCGAAUGCUGCGCCGCUGCCUUCGAGGCACUCGACAAAGAUCACGAUAUACAGCUACGUCAACCCCGAGGAGGCGCGCAAAGACGGGGAUGGCAAGGAGCAACCGUUGCUCACCCUGUACCCCUUGAACCACAGCCUGGCAUCGGAGUGGCUCGACGGGCUGCUGAUGCUGCUCGACCAGGCCCCCAUCACGGCGGACACAAACAAGCUAGUCCACUUGGUCGAAGAUUAUGGGUUGAAGAUCAGACUGCUGAACGUCCGGAUGGAGGCGACGUACGCUGGGCCGCUGGUGGGCGCGGGAAAGGUGCCGAGCAGGGAGGGCCUGGAUGACGAUUACCACUAUACCAUCUGA